CAGCUCGCCUCACUUAUGGGUCGGAAGCGCUGCGUGGGGGAGACUGUUCCAAGAUGGCGGCGGGUUGCUGCGGGGUGAAGAAGCAGAAACUGUCCAGUUCGCCCCCCUCUGGCUCGGGUGGCGGUGGUGGCGCCUCCUCCUCCUCCCACUGCAGCGGAGAGAGCCACUGCCGAGCCGGGGAGCUGGGACUAGGAGGCGCCGGUACGCGGCUCAACGGGCUAGGAGGUCUAGCCGGAGGAGGUAGCGGCAGCGGCUGUACCCUCUCUCCCCCCCAGGGCUGCGGCGGCGGCGGCGGGGGGAUCUCCCUGUCGCCACCUCCGAGCUGCGGAGUGGGGACCCUACUUUCUACCCCGGCCGCCGCCACCUCUCCCUCGUCCUCCUUGUCCGCCGCCUCGUCCUCAUCGCCCGGCUCCCGGAAGAUGGUGGUGUCAGCGGAGAUGUGCUGCUUUUGCUUCGAUGUGCUCUACUGUCACCUGUACGGAUACCAGCAGCCCCGGACCCCCCGGUUCACCAACGAGCCCUACCCACUGUUUGUAACAUGGAAGAUUGGUCGAGACAAAAGAUUGCGUGGAUGCAUAGGUACUUUUUCUGCCAUGAAUUUGCAUUCAGGACUCAGGGAGUACACACUUACCAGUGCCCUUAAAGAUAGCCGUUUUCCCCCAAUGACAAGGGACGAGCUGCCGCGGCUGUUCUGCUCAGUGUCUCUGCUCACUAACUUCGAAGAUGUCUGUGAUUAUUUGGACUGGGAGGUGGGUGUACAUGGCAUUAGAAUAGAAUUCAUCAAUGAAAAAGGAUCAAAACGCACCGCCACCUACCUACCGGAGGUUGCAAAGGAGCAAGGAUGGGACCAUAUUCAGACCAUAGACUCCUUACUGAGGAAAGGAGGAUACAAAGCUCCGAUUACUAAUGAAUUCAGGAAAACCAUAAAACUGACCAGGUACCGUAGUGAAAAGAUGACCUUGAGCUACGCCGAAUACCUUGCUCAUCGCCAGCAUCACCAUUUCCAAAAUGGCAUUGGGCAUCCCCUUCCGCCGUACAACCAUUAUUCCUGACACUGAGCCGCACAGCCAGUCACUGGGCCUCUCUGCAGACCUCUUCCCAGGAGACCCUACCCCUUCUUGGUCUAGCUAUCUCUUUUACUGUACCAUUUUAUGAUGAUAGUUUCCGUUGCCAUGGUGAAGCUUCGACAUCGUCAGUUAAGAUCAUCAUGGUAACGGGUAGGAAAGUGGCAUUUACUAAGAAGAUCCUGUUUUAUUAUUUUAGAUCAUUGAUUUUUUUUUUUUUUGCAGCAUAUAUGAAUUUUGGGGUUUUCGUACCUUACAACCUUAUAUAGAAUUUUGCUUUGCUAUAUCUCAGUCAGGUUUAUCUUUCUGUCCUCCUUUGCCUGCCUUCCUGUCUCCUUUCCUUCCUUCCUUCCUUCCUUCUCUUCCUUCCUUCUUUUGACUGUGGAUGGAAGACAUUGUGCAGUUUUUAAGGAUUUCAUUUAGGUGUUUCUUUAGUUUUUUUCCUCAGUAAGACAGAUCAUUUUUGAUAGCUGUGUUUGGGAGUAAUUCAUAUCAGAUUCAGGUAUUUGUAUAUUACUCUUGAAUUUGUCUAAAAUUCAUUUUGCUACGAGAGCUGAGUAUGUGGGUCUUUCACUCCCUAAGUAUAUGUUUCUCCCAUGGAUAAAAUAGAUGAACUUUGCGUUCUAGUAUAGAACAUUCGAAGGUCCAAGACAGGACUUGUCACAGAGAGUGAGAAAUCAUUUAUGCCUAUCGUGCUGGGUAUCAUAGGAAAAACUGCCUCAUCACUUUAUAGAAUCAACUUACAACCUAAAACACUGUUUUAAGGAAGUACAAGCUACCUUUGAAAUAUGCUACAGAAAUCAUUUCGAAAAGCAGCGAAUAUCAGGAAGAGAACAGAUACAGAACUUUAGUGCCUUUGAGAAACUAUAAUUAAGUGGAAUUAAGAGGGAUUAGAAAAAAGGCAAUUUAGAGAAAUAUUCUUGUAAAAUUGUAUUGUUUCUAUAUAUGAAACAGCAGAUUAGACAAAUUGCUUACUCUUAAGUAUUUUUUUAAGCUGGAAAAAUUUAUUUUGAGCAAAUAACCAAAAAGAGACAUUUGUCUAUUAUAUAUUAACUUAAAUUUGUUAGCUUUAGGUUUCAGUAAGUCAGUCAUGAUUGGCCAGAGACAAUUGUAGCUGCCAUUUCAAGAAAUGGCAAAGCUAAUCUAGUGAAACAAAAGUUCAUUCAUGCCGUGCUUUCAGACAUGUUUGUCAUGGGGACAACACUGGAGUUUUAGAAAUACUAUAAAAUCGCUUGAAUCUCUUUCUGCACUACAUAUUUUAGAUAGAAACACAUUUACUAUAUUGAUAAGAUGUUAUGUUACACCUAUGAAAAUGGAUUGGCAUUUAGAUAUAUACCAUAUAGUACAGUUGUUGGAGCCCAGCUCAUUUGCAGGGCGAGUUUUCCCGUGACGCAUACAUACAAAGAGAACUUCCUAUUGUCAGCAGGAGGUCUGUAUGUAUAUCCCCAGGGAAAACGAUGGAUUCUGGAGAAAGAUUACCUUCAUUUUAUGGUAGUGAAUAUGUGUGUGUGUGUGUGUGUGUGUGUGUGUGUGUGUGGCGUGCGUGCGUAUGCAGUAUGUGUGUAAGAAAAUUUUUUUCAAACAGGAAACAAAUAUAUCAAGUGAUGAAUAUAUGUAUGGAGCAGAAUAUAUGGUCUAAAACUAUGAGAUGUCACUGAAUAUCAAUAUGGCAUAGCUUAUGCAUGUAGUUGCUGUGACAGGUGACAGACUGCUAGUUCAGAAUUUGAAAACCCUUUUCUAGUUUGUGUGAUUAAUGGGCUGAAUUCCUUCUGCUUGUCCUUGCGGGAAAGCAAACUGCUUGUGUUUUUCGAUGAGAGUUCUUAGGAGUGUCUUGAUAUUCCUUCAUCCACAGCAUCUGUUGUUGAAAUAACCAUUUUCAGUUGUGAUGCCUUAACUAAGAAGCCAAUUGUUAGCCUGAAAUGGAAUCUCAGUAGCCAGUUCCAUUGAACCUAGACAUGAGUCAGAGAAAGCUAGCUGUUGGGCUUUAGAAAGGGAUUUUUGAGUCCUUUCAUUUCUACUUGGGAGCAUUUUGGAGCAGAUUAGUCUUUUAGUAUGAAAACAAGUGGCUACCUGAUGGACAUUUUUUUCUUGCCCUUAUAGGGAAACUGAGCACAAGCUGAAUGAUAUUGUCUGCUGCAAAAAAAAAAAAAAAAAAAAAAAAAAGAAAAGAAAAAAGAAAAAAAAAAGGUAAAUAAAACAAGCAAACUGAAGAGAGACAAAAUAGACCAAUAUUGAUCCAUCUUAUCCAUCAUCUCAUCAGUUCCACAGGCUCCUCAUCCUGGGUGAGCUCAUGGUUAGAAGUUCUUUUUUAAAGAAAAGAUCUAUUACAUACAUAUAUGUGUGUGUGUAUACGUACACAUACAUACAUACAUGUGUGUGUUUAUGUAUUUAACGGUGCUAAUCAAUCUCGAGCAGGUCACGUGACUGGUCAUGCGGACUCUAAAAUCAUAUCAGAUUUUUAAAAAAUUCUUGAUAUAUGCAGAUGUUAUACAGAUUUUCUUACCAGUGUAAUAAUGUUAUACUGAAGAAAUAACCAUCCUGCAGGCUUCAGAGGACGAGGUCAGCAAUAUUUCCCACCAUGGCUUGGGGGAAAAGGAUAGUUUUGUCUCCUUUUGUAUUCAGAUUAAUGCACAGUGCAUUGUUGUGUCUAAGUAGCUGUUGACUAAAAGACUUUGUAGUGUAAAGGGUGUUAUACAAACUUGUAAUGGUGUGCUUCAAACAAUUGCUAGAUCCUUUCACCUUCGUCGUAUAUUAUAAAGCUGUUAAAUAUGUGGUUUGAAUGAACUUUGAACAUGUUGAAAUAUGUAGCAUGUGUUUUUAACUCAGACGAAGAUUCUAAUUGCACAGGUUGUAUUCUAGCCAGUUGUGGUUUAUUUUGUUCAGAAACACAAAUGUGAAUUGCACUCUUAUCACCAGAAUAUUGUAUAAGUUCAGUGAUCUCGAAACAGCUCAGAAGUAAUACUUGAACUUCAGUUGAGUAGCACAAAGUUUACAUAGCCCCCCCUUUUAAAUGUUAAUCAGUUCCAUCUCUGUUUUCUGUUUUCAAAUGCAACUGGGUAUUUUUUCCUCUUGGAAAAUUGUACGUAUUUUUGCUUUGGUAUGUAGCAAAAGGCUUCCAUUUCUGGAAGGGUUUUCUUAUUCUUAAACUAAGGUCAGCCAGGUACCAGAUUCUAAAAGAACAAUUGCCACUCCCCCUCCCCGCAUUAAGUGGCCUUCUGACUGCACGAAACUGUGCUACUGCCCUGCCCACCCCCCCCCCCCGCCCCGUCUCCCUGUCCAGAGAGGCCGGUGUAAUCGAUGGAGGAAGUGCAAGGCUUGCUCUCUACACACCCCCUCGCCCCGCCCCGCUUAAAGCAGUCGUGGGAUUUGCAGUCCAGCUCAUACAGCCCCCGUGCCCAGCACACCGGAAGUUUGUAUACUGGCCUCUUUUCGUGUCUUCAAAUGUGCAGGAAAUGCGCAACUGUCAUCUGGAAUCGGUUCCAUCUCUUCUGUGUGUUAGAUCAAACCAAAGAAGCCCCCAGCCAUGCCCAAAUGCUGCUCCAAAAGCCUGCCUUCCUGUCCUUACAAAAACCUUGCAGGAUUAAAUGUGUUAACUUUUUUAUUUUUGUACAGUUUCUAAGUGAUUUUUGCUAGUGAUGUUAAAUUGAAUUAAGUUUAUUUGAGGGGUGUGAGCACCUCCUCCAUUGAAAUAAACUGGUGACUUUCCUUUUAUUUUUUAAACGCGGAAACCCGUUGUGUGCCUCUCGAUUUAAGGGUUUCUGAUUACAUUAUUCUUACGACCAGCAUUGAUCCUUUAUAUACAAAGAUAUGUUUUCCUUGUUUUUUAUUACUGUUUCAGAAGAAAAUAAACCUUUUAUUUUGCUCUGGACCCAGUAACUGCGCUGGUACAUAGACGCACUGAGAAAACAAACUUUUGUAACCACCUCUGACUGUUUUUGUAUAUGAAAGUUGAUUACUUUUGAAAUAUUUGGAUCUAGUUUCUAAGUUAUUUUAGUGUUUUAUAUGUUCCCGGAAAUUACUUUGAAUCGGUCACCAGCAUAAUGAGUUCUUGGUGAUGCAGCGGUGAGACUUGUAAUGAGCAAAAGCUACCUGGAGUAGCUCUUUUCCCCCCUUUCGUAGGACCCUGUUUUGAUUACAGUAAGACAUCACAGAUUACCUGAAACCCCUUCAAGUAUAACUAGAUCCUCCUUCCUUCCACAUCUAAUUGCUUAAUAGUUUGAAGAAACUAUUGGAAAUGGGCAUUUUAUAUGACAUGUAUGGCUUUAAAAGAUUAAAAAUGAAGAAAAAGAAAAACGAGAAGGUUUAUGUGGGUCUGUAAGGUAUGGCUGUGGAAAGAUAUUGUAGUAGUUUUGACACUAUUGUUAUUACCUUUAAAAUCAUUUACCCAAUAAAAUGUUAAAACUGA